UUUACUAAAGCAUGAAAUUUGCAUUUUCAGCGGUGGCCCUGGUGGCAUGCGCCGCUGCAGCGCCAAUAGUUAAUCUUUCAGGCAAGGUCCCAGACGACAAACUUGUCACCAAAAUUGUGGACAUAUCAGAAUCUACGGAGCCAGGUGCAAACUGGCUUAGAAGACGCUUCUUCAACACAGCAGGAGCAGGAUCCAACAAUGACCGGGCGACGACGAAGAGGAUCGUGGACUUGUCUGCAACGAGACCAGGUAACGAUUGGGCUACGAAAAAGCGGAUCGUGGACCUGUCUGCAACGGGAACUGGUGACGACUGGGCGACGAAGCGGAUCGUAGACUUGUCCGCGUCGGGACCAGGUGAUGACUGGCUCACUAAACGGCAGGGUGGGACAGCAGCUCAACAAAACGGCGGUGUCACGGGCAAUCUCAACGGGAUUCUGCAAGCCUCAUCACUCGGAGGAGCCAGCGGAAGCAUCAUCCAAGGCGGAGAUCUUGGGGCUGCUCUAUUGAGUGGGACAGGUAACCUUGCCAAUCUGCCGGCGACCACGCUAGGAGGUACAACGGGAACAGGAACCACGGCUCAAGGCGCCGCUCUCUCCGGUGCUGUGCCAGCAGGGAUUUCAAGCACGACAACAACGUCUGGUACAGGAGCAAUUGUAUCUAACCUGGCAGGAACGCUAGCAAGCGUUGCGCCUGGGGCAUCUGCAGCACCGCAAAAGCAGUGAGAAAGACUACAAUUGAAAUUAUUGAGCCUUGUUCUCAUAUCAAUCUGAAGAACUUGUUAGAGAGGGGUAGACUUCAUGAGAG